AUGUCGUAUGAACGCUUGGCGGACGGCCUGAUGCCGUCGUUGCCGCCAGCAUACGAAGGUAAUUACGAGGUACCACUGAGAGAAAGAAACUCCUCUUCAUCCCAUCCUCCUGCAAUGGAGCAGUUUGAGAUUGAUGAUGAUGAAGUUUACGAGCCUCUCAAGAAGGAAAGCGUGCUCAAACGCUUUGUCUUUGUUUCCAAGAGGUACGCAUUCACAUUCAGAGAUAAGGUGAUUGACCCGCUCGUGAGAUCCCUAGAUCCCGUUUGCGAGAUGUACCGCUACUUCCACAGGCAAUACGAGCUCUCGUUGCUUAAGUUGGGCAACCCGUUGGUGGUUAAGCGAUUGCUUUAUGUGUUUGUGGUGAUGGUGGCAAUGUUUGUGUUGUCCCAGAACGAGAACCAGGAUGGCAUUAGUGGCACUUCCGGUGGAGCGUUUUCCUCGGGUCAUUUCUACGAUAGAGACAUUUUGGGCAACACCUUGGCUCAGUACAUCGAAGGGAAAACACUACAAGAAAACUUGGAGUAUCUUUCUUCGAUGCCCCAUAUGGCUGGCACAAUGGGCGAUUUAGCUUUGGCAAGAUACGUUGAAAGCUACUUUCUCAAUAAUGGCAUCAAUAAUGUCGACUUCCACGAGCUCGAGACGUUUUUGAACUACCCCACAGGUAAGUCGUACGUGAGAACUGCCGAUGGAUCCGUUAGUGCCUCUUUGGGUGGUGGUGAUAACGUCCAUGAGCAACUAAUGGCUUUUAAUCCUAAUUCGCCUAGUACAGACAAGGAGAUAGAGGCUCCCUUCAUAUAUGCGAACAACGGCGACCCUGAUGACUUUCAAAAGAUCACUGACGCCGGAAUCAAUCUAAAAAAUACAAUCGUGUUGGUGAAAUAUGGAGGCGAAACUCCAGAAGCCAACAAGGUGUAUGCAGCUACCAAGCUUGGUGCCAAAGCUGUCAUCUUCAUCUCUCCAGAAGUCCUGUUCUUGGGUGACUCCGAAGAUGAUGUUAUUAAGAAGACCAAUGUUGGUCUCUGGAGAUACAGUGCUGGCGAUGUACUUCGGCCGGGAUGGUCAAAACACGGAUCGUACUUUUCCAAGGCCGAUUGGAGUACCUCGAAGGCUACACCCAAGAUUCCAAGUCUUUCUGUAACUUGGAAAGACGGUAUGGCUUUUGUGAGCAAAUUAAAGGGCGAGGGUGUUGACUUUGGUGAUGGCGUCUUCUCAGGAAGUCACGACAAAAACCCCAAGUUAAAAGUAUACGUGAAGAACACUGAGCGUACGAAUCACCCUAUCUGGAACAUUGUUGGGCAUAUUCCGGGCCGUGAACAGCCUGAAAAAGGUGUACUCUUUGGAGCUGCCCGUGACUCUACCUGCUACGGCACGAUGUCGUCUGCAAGUGGCACCGCCGCCUUGCUUGAACUCGUCAAGAUAUUCUCUGGCUUGCAAAGAAAGUAUAACUGGACCCCAGCUAGAUCUUUAUACUUUGUAUCCUUUGAUGGUACGGAGAACAAUCUAGCUGGCUGCGCCAAAUGGGUCGAAGCCAGAGAAGACUCUCUCAUCAGUGAGGGCUACACCUAUAUUGACUUGAAUGGUCUAGUUACUGGUGACAUAUUGAAUAUUCGAGCACAUCCGUUCAUACAUGAUAUCAUCAAGGACGCCAUGAAGAAGAUAUCCUUGACAGAGCAACAGAGCUCCGAUCUGGUCCACUCUUUGUACGACCUUUUCAAAUCUCAGAACAAUGGCAAGGAUGACAUAAGGUACAACAUGUUAGAAGAGCGUAAUUAUGUCCCAUUUAUCAAUGAAAUUAAUAUGCCCGCCAUGGAGAUCAGUUACCUGGGAGACAACUUUGUCGAAGGAACAUGCAUGGACAACUUUAAGGCAUUCACGGAUAAAAAGCUUGAUCCUGAGGUGAAGAAGCACAGGCAAAUCGUGGAAAUUUUGGCUAGGGUUGGCCUCGAGCUUGUUGAAAAUCCAAUGAUUCCAUUUGACUUUGAACUGUUGAGUAAAUCAUUAAUGGAAGACGAGAAGGACCUAGAGAAGUAUGUUGCAGAUGUGCUUGCAUCAUUCCCUCUGCCCGUGACUGCCAAAUUUUCAUUUGACAGUUUGAAGCGUUCUCUCGAUAAACUCAAACGUGAUGCACAUCAAUUGAAGUUGAGGAUACUCGACUGGAAGAAUUUUAUCGAUGUGAGUUCCCUAGAACCUCCAGUGUUCGCUGCGACAAGGCGUCUGAUGAAUCAGAAUAUGGUUCUCUUCAACUCCUAUUUCUUGAGUAACGACGCCCUGCGCCCAAGACUUGGCUAUGCAAACUAUCUUUACGGUUCACCGUUUGAUGCCCCAUCAACUGACAAAUCGCCAAAGUACCGCUUCAAUAGUUUCCCUAUGGUUCGUGAUGCAGUGUCAGAGGGUAGAUUCGGGGACGCACAAUUUGAAAUUGAUCGUCUUGCAAGCAUGAUAGAGUCAGCUUGUGCAGCUAUCAAUCCCAUGGGUUAA